AUGAGGAAUGUAAACAGCAUGAAUCACCGCAAAAAGGUGGCCUGUUUCACUCUGGCCUUGCUGCUCCUGAACGGAGUCACCACUAGAGCGUAUGGCAGUUAUGGUAGUUCUUUUUCCGUCUCACGAGCACAAAUCACCUGCAACACAAUUUCUACGCAGAUCACUGGAGAAACAUUUACAGUGGUCUGCCCUGGUGGCUGUCUGACUGCUGGAGGAUCUGUCUGGGGUACUGGCAUUUACACAUCUGACUCCCGUGUCUGUAAGGCUGCUAUCCAUGACGGCAGAAUCCCGACCACUGGCGGAGUAGUUACGGGCUACAAACUCCCGGGGCAACCGUCGUACCAAGCUUCCACCCAGAACGGAGUCACCACUAGAGCGUAUGGCAGUUAUAGUAGUUCUUUUGGCUUCUCACAAGUGAAUGAGUGCGCAACAAACAACGGAGGAUGCGCAGGAAACUGCACGGACACCGCGGGAAGUUUUAUCUGCUCUUGUGGAGCCGGCUAUGUGCUGAAUGCCGAUGGGCUGGCCUGUGAUAAUGUGGAUGAGUGCGCCACAAACAACGGAGGAUGCGCAGGAAACUGCACGGACACUGUGGGAAGUUUUAACUGCUCCUGUGGAGCCGGCUAUGUGCUGAAUGCUGAUGGGCUGGCCUGUGAUAAUGUGGAUGAGUGCGCCACAAACAACGGAGGAUGCGCAGGAAACUGCACGGACACUGUGGGAAGUUUUAACUGCUCUUGUGGAGCCGGCUAUGUGCUGAAUGCCGAUGGGCUGGCCUGUGAUAGUGUCAUUACACAAAUCACCUGCACCACAGAUUCUACGGAGAUCACCGGACAAACAUUUACAGUGGUCUGCCCUGGUGGCUGUCUGACUGGAGGAUCUGUCUGGGGUACUGGCAUUUACACAUCUGACUCCCGUGUCUGUAAGGCUGCUAUCCAUGACGGCAGAAUCCCGACCACUGGCGGAGUAGUUACGGGGUACAAACUCCCGGGGCAACCGUCGUACCAAGCUUCCACCCAGAACGGAGUCACCACUAGAGCGUAUGGCAGUUAUAGUAGUUCUUUUGGCUUCUCACAAGUGAAUGAGUGCGCAACAAACAACGGAGGAUGCGCAGGAAACUGCACGGACACCGUGGGAAGUUUUAUCUGCUCUUGUGGAGCCGGCUAUGUGCUGAAUGCCGAUGGGCUGGCCUGUGAUAAUGUGGAUGAGUGCGCCACAAACAACGGAGGAUGCGCAGGAAACUGCACGGACACCGUGGGGAGUUUUAACUGCUCUUGUGGAGCCGGCUAUGUGCUGAAUGCCGAUGGGCUGGCCUGUGAUAAUGUGAAUGAAUGCGCCACAAACAACGGAGGAUGCGCAGGAAACUGUACGGACACUGUGGGAAGUUUUAACUGCUCUUGUGGAGCCGGCUAUGUGCUGAAUGCCGAUGGGCUGGCCUGUGAUAAUGUGGAUGAGUGCACCACAAACAACGGAGGAUGCGCAGGAAACUGCACGGACACUGUGGGAAGCUUUACCUGCUCUUGUGGAGCCGGCUAUGUGCUGAAUGCCAAUGGGAUGGCCUGUGAUAGUCCCGUAGGGGCAGGGUCUACCACCAUCAAGCCCGUGGGCGCAGGGUCUACCAUGAAGCCCUCCGCGGUCAUCCUGAUGACCCUGGUGAUGACCAUGUGGGGACUUCUGAGGGAGUGAGUGACCAGUACACGGGACACGUCACAAUUGGUACACAACCAGCCUUCGCAGCAAACAUCACCAUUGCACUUCUUACUAACACGUCGGGAGAAUGUACUUGGCCUAUCCAAAAUCCGCAGUGCAUAUUGUUAAUAGCGUCUUUUUCAGGGUAAUGUACUUAAUGAUGAAAUAUGUAGUUUUCAAAUGUUG